CAGGCGCGGCGGCGCUGUCAGUUCCGGCUGUUUGUUCGGGAAGUGGAUCCGGCCCCGCCGCCGCCGCCCCCUCCCCCUCCCCGGCCGCUCCCGCCGCCGCCCCGGCCAUGGCCCGGGACUACGAUCAUCUCUUCAAGCUGCUCAUCAUCGGCGACAGCGGUGUGGGCAAGAGCAGUUUGCUGUUGCGUUUUGCAGAUAAUACCUUCUCAGGCAGCUACAUUACCACAAUUGGAGUGGAUUUUAAAAUCCGGACAGUUGAGAUCAAUGGAGAGAAGGUGAAGCUACAGAUCUGGGACACAGCUGGACAGGAGCGCUUUCGGACUAUUACAUCAACGUAUUACAGAGGAACACACGGGGUCAUUGUUGUCUACGAUGUAACCAGUGCAGAGUCUUUUGUGAAUGUAAAACGGUGGUUGCAUGAAAUCAAUCAAAAUUGUGAUGAUGUCUGCCGGAUACUAGUGGGGAAUAAGAAUGAUGAUCCAGAGCGAAAAGUGGUAGAAACAGAAGAUGCCUAUAAAUUUGCUGGGCAGAUGGAAAUCCAGUUGUUUGAGACCAGCGCCAAAGAAAAUAUUAACGUGGAAGAGAUGUUUAAUUGCAUUACAGAGCUAGUCCUGCGAGCGAAGAAAGAAAACUUAGCAAAGCAGCAACAGCAGCAACAGAAUGAUGUGGUGAAGCUAACGAAGAACAGUAAAAGGAAGAAGCGGUGCUGCUAAUGCCCCUUCCCUGCUGCAGAGACUCUGCUCUCAGACAGAUCGGCCCCUCCAGCUAGACUCGGGCGAUUCCACUGGGGCAGGCUUUGGGAGGACUUUCUCAGUUUUGUGCCGUUAUUUAAAGAUUAUUUUUCUUCAUGUUUUCUAUCAAGAGGCGCUGGCACCUUACCACUUCAGUGCCAAGAAGGUAUCGGAUGGAAUCUUGCCCCCCUCUCCUCCCCUGCUCAUUCCAGUGCGCCUUGUAGACAAGAAAGGACGUUGCCUACCAAGUGGACUAAUUAACCCAAGAGUUUGUAUAUAAUGUAUAUUGCUUUAACCAGCCUCGCCUCCCUGUUGUCGCUUUGGCUUACGCCUUCUUAAUGUCAACCAAUCAUGGACUGCAGAGUUCAUCUUUUUAAAGAAGUAGUACAAAGGUCUUAAUUGGAGCUUUCCCCAGGCUGCAGCCACUGCUUCCCGGGGCCUCCGGCUUCAUUUCUGUUGGGCUCCAGGCUGGCCACUGGUGCUCCUGGGGCCUAUGGCUUCAGCUGGAGUUCCAGGCUUUUACUGGGCUCAGGCUUUGUUUUUCUAGGUACCAGGAUUGCAGAUGUUGCUGCUGGAGCCUGGGGUUUCACUUCACCAGCCCCUGGGCUGGCAGCAGGCGCUGCUGCUGGGGCCUUGCAUUUCAGUUUGCCAUGAUCCAGAUUUGUGGCUGGGUCCUUGGUUUUCACCUUCUUGUGCUGCAGCCCAGCUGUACCUGUGCUCUCCUUUAGUUUGUAUCAAGAUACUGGAAAAAAAACCUGACCUGCAGAAGUGGGAUUUAUUUGCAUAAAACUUUUUUUUUUUAACAAAAAGCAAAGUUUAACUCCUUUGACCUCUGCUUCUGGUUCUGCCAAGGUCCUAAGUGAGGGUCCAUUUCUUUGAAGAACAACAAAAA